AUGAUGGUCGCCAACUACAAUAACACAAAUACUUGCUAUGGUUAUGGCUCUCAAUAUCAACAAAUAUUAACAGAACAUGAGGAAUUGAGAAGAAAAAGGAAGGUGAAUAAGUCUGAUCAAAUUCAAGAAUUACUAUUAAAAAAUAGGAGGAAGAUUCAUAAUGAGAAGAUGAAGCUGGUCUGUGGGUCCUGCUAUCUUCCCAAAGACAACCCAGACAAGCCCCUCGGUGAAGACACCCACUUCAUCUGCCACAACGGCCAGACCAUCGGUGUGGCAGACGGCGUCGGCGGCUGGGCCAAGAUAGGAGUCGAUGCGGGCUUGUACGCAAGGGGACUCAUGAACAACGCCAACCAAACGGCCAUGGACAUGACCGCCGCAGCAGCCGCGGUCAAUCCAAGAAAUGUGUUGAACCAAGCAUACGCGAACAACGCUGGAGUACAAGGCUCGUCGACAGCUUGCAUCCUCAGCCUCAACAAAGAGCGUGGGGCACUGCACGCCGUGAAUGUCGGGGACAGCGGCUUCAUGCUGUUCAGUGUAACACCCCGACUCCAAAUUUAA